AAGCCUGGAAGCCCCACCUUUUGUGUUUCCCGCACCGUCAAUCAAAAUAGAAAAAAAUCGACUCGAAUCAGCGAUCGCAGCCCGCCUUUGAUUAAAAUAAUCAUGUUAGGGGUUUAAAUAAAUCGAAAAGCUCCUGAUUUAUACCUUUUAUGCUAUGACUGAAAAGCCAGUGAAACAAGAGGAAAUGGCUGCCUUAGACGUGGACCGCAGUCAGAACGAGUAUCUGCAGCACGGCAGCGGCGCAGGAAACCAGGACACUCAGCCGUCACCGCUCGCUCUGCUGGCAGCUACCUGCAGCAAGAUCGGCUCGCCUUCGCCAGAGGAGGAUAGCAGUGCUGCCGCUGGCGUGCUUUCCGAUCUGGCAUCUGUACAGUUAACAGGGACGUCAAAUAGAUGGGAAGUCUUGACUCCUAAUGCAACAAUAAAAGAAGAACCUGGCUUACUACCGAUUCCAAAUGCAGGGAUAGUAACAUCAAAUGGACAGUAUGUUUUGCAAAACCAACAGAUCUUUGUGACUUCAGGAACAGAUGCUUCUGGCGAUGCAUUGCCUAAUAUACAUUACCAAGUGAUUCCACACAUUCACACCGCAGAUGGGCAACAGGUACAGUUGGGCUUCUCAACGUCUGGUGUAGAAAAUGCACCUUUGAGUCAAGAUGCUACAGGGCACUUUCAGAUUUUGCCUGAUUGUAAUACAACUUCAGCCGGAACAUCAUCUGCCAACAUCCUGACAAACAGUCAGAACCUAAUGACACAAGCUGGCCAAGUUCAGCAUUCAGAUGGCGCUGUACAGAUUCAAGGUGUUUCUCUAGGUGGUUCUACCUAUAACAGCCAAGGGCAAGUUGUUACUAAUGUGCCUGUGGGAUUGCCUGGAAAUAUUACCUUUGUACCAAUAAACAGCGUUGAUCUGGAUUCCCUUGGACUCUCAGGGACUGCACAGACUAUUGCUACAGGUGUGACCGCUGACGGUCAGCUGAUCAACUUGCCCAUGGUGCCACAAGCCAUGGAUACCUCGGAUAAUUCUGAAAACACUGGUGAGCAAAUGUCACAAACGCUAUCUGUUCACGAGUCCAACACUAAUCAAGACAUGUACGUGCCAACAACGUCAUCCUCACAGCUGCAUGCAACAAUAGACGGUACAGGUGUACUGCAGCAAACUUCAAGUACUUCAGUCUCCACGAACGACCAGGCAGAUGCUUCACAACUUCAGGGAAACUACAUUCAAACGACUCAUCACGACCAGACCCAGAUGCAAAAUAUUCAGGUCUCCUCUGCACAGUCCAUUAUACAGCUUCAGCAGGCCCAGCCACAGACCACCAGUGAAGUCCAGAUUGUCCAGGGCAUCCCACAGCAGCAAAUGCAGGGGGUUCAGACCACAGGUCAAACCAUUUCUCAGCAAGCUCUCCAGAACUUACAGCUGCUCAAUCCAGGGACAACUUUUUUGAUACAGGCACAGAUGCUGACCCCUUCUGGACAGAUCCAGUGGCAGACUUUCCAGGUGCAGGGUGUGCAGAACGUGCAGAAUAUUCAGAUCCAAAACCCCUCCAGCCAGCAGAUCACACUGGCCCCUGUGCAGACGCUCUCUCUUGGGCAAGGUGGAAACCUUGGGUCCACUCCAGUCAGCACAGGCCAGAUUCCAAAUCUGCAGACUGUCACAGUGAAUUCUAUAACGUCCUCUGGAAUUGAGUUUCAGCAGACUGAAGACACAAGCAGCCCUGCAGAUAUUCAAAUAAAAGAAGAGCCGGACACUGAGGAAUGGCAACUGAGCAGCGACUCGACCCUCAACACCAGCGACCUGUCCCAUUUGAGGGUGCAGAUGGUGGACGAGGAAGUGGACCAACAGAGUCAGGAAGGGAAGAGGCUGCGGAGAGUGGCCUGCACCUGCCCUAACUGUAAGGAGGCUGGAGGAAGGGGGUCAAACCUGGGAAAGAAGAAGCAGCACAUCUGUCACAUUCCUGGCUGUGGGAAGGUUUAUGGAAAGACAUCACACCUGAGGGCCCACCUGCGCUGGCACUCCGGCGAGCGGCCCUUUGUUUGUACUUGGAUGUUUUGUGGCAAAAGAUUCACUCGCAGUGACGAGCUACAGAGACACAGAAGAACACACACAGGUGAGAAGAAGUUUGUCUGCCUGGAGUGUUCCAAACGUUUUAUGCGAAGCGACCAUCUUGCCAAGCAUAUUAAAACCCAUCAAAACAAAAAGGGCAUUAACUCCAGCAGUACAGUCAUGGCAACAGUGGAAGCAACAGCGUCGUCUGAUAACAUUAUUACAGCAGGGGGAACUACCCUCAUCCUUACCAACAUCCAGCAGGGCUCGCUGCAGGCGAUUGGGACUGUGAAUUCCACAAACAGCAGCGCUCAAGAGAUUCUUUCCAAUUCAGAAAUACCUUUACAGCUCGUCACAGUGGCUGCCAGCGAGGAGAUGGAGUAGUAUGAAUUACAGUAAUAAGUUGUCUGUUGGUCGUGUUUUUUUUAAAUUACA